AACAUAAAUCACAAGAUAUUACUCUCUCUAUUAUUCUCUUUGGGUGUUUGUGAGUAGUGAAAUCAAUGGCGUCACGAGACCACAAGAAGCCAUCUAACAGUAACAGUAGAACUGGCAGAAUCCGCACGCUCUCCGAUCUCAACCGACCAUCCAACGAUUCCGACAGCGACUCCGAUGGCCCUCAGGAGUAUUACACCGGCGGCGAGAAAAGUGGAAUGCUUGUCCAGGACCCUUCCAAAGGAAAUGACGUGGAUGCAAUUUUCAACCAAGCUAGGCAACUUGGAGCUGUAGAAAGGCCUCUUGAUCAGCUUCAAGAACCUCCAAGGUCAACAAGCUUUGCUGGAACUGGCAGGUUACUCUCGGGGGAAACUGUACAGAAUGCUUCUAACUCUCAGCAGCAACCUGAGUCUGUUGUUCACAACAUUGUUUUUUGGAGUAACGGUUUCACCGUAAAUGAUGGACCUUUGAGGAGAUUGGAUGAUCCUGCAAAUGCCUCAUUUUUGGAGAGCAUUAAAAAAUCUGAAUGCCCCAAAGAGCUUGAGCCUGCAGAUAGGAGGUCAGCUGUAAAUGUAAACCUCAUAAGGAGGAAUGAGAACUAUCGUCAACAGGAACCAGAAAGGGCCCAAGUUUCAUUUCAGGGAGUGGGAAGAACACUUGGAAGCAGCUCCAAUUCAGUGGCACCUGACCCAAGUGUGGCAUCGACAACUCCUCUCACCUCAGCUCCACCCCCUUCUGCUGGUCUUGUGGUUGACCAGUCAUUGCCAUCAACCUCAAUACAGCUCAGGUUAGCUGAUGGAACCCGAUUGAUAUCACAUUUCAAUAAUCACCACACAAUCGGCGAAAUCCGGGCCUUCAUUGAUGCAUCUAGACCUGGCGGACGACAGGGUUAUCAACUUCAGAUGAUGGGAUUUCCCCCAAAGGUUCUAGCUGAUGAAACACAGACUAUAGAGCAAGCAGGGUUGGCAAAUUCAGUUGUCAUACAGAAAUUUUAGCAUGCUUAUGCUUCAAAGUCCUUUUUCAUUACUUGCUAUAUGCUGCAUAGAAAUGAAGAACUUUAACAAAUAGGAAAACCUCUGUUUUGAGGGGAUAUUUUCUUUUUGACUCCAUCUUUAUCAUGUACUCUAUUUGCUUUAGGAUCAGUUGGGUGGCUUAGCUUUGAACUUAUUAUGUGUUAUGAUAUGAAUCAUGAUUGUGUACUUGUGUUGUGUGUUCUUACUAGCUGGGCCUAACGACUGGAUUCGAUAUUUGAUAAUUUGGUUCUUAAA